GCGAGACUGAUUGACUUGAACCAGUUGUCGCCACCUCCCAUAGACAAGCUCUGCCUGUCAUCAUGACUUCUUCUCCAUGUCAGCGAGACAUUCUUCCCACUCUUGGCAGACACCUAUUCGUGCUGGUGCUUUCGUAUACCCUCAACGCCCUGCAGCAGGCACCAUUAACAAGAAACAACCAUGCAAUCUGCACUACGAACCACCCUGUGCACGAGAGCGGUCGCGCGAACGCCGAGCUUCCGUUCUCCCUACCACAGCACCGCGUGUAGGCUCCUAGCCUACAAAGACGUCCAGGACCGCCACACACUCUCGCCACGCAGCGACGAGCACACAAAAUCUGCCACAGACGACGAUGUCGCGGCGCUCCUGGACACGGCCUUUGGCUCCAACCAGCCCCGGCCCGACAAGAUCAUCGUCUCGGCCGAGAUCGAGUCCAAGGGCAAGCCCAAUCCACUGGAGGCAAGCGGCGCGAACCCAGAGAUCAGUAAGCCGAGAGGCGACGAGCGUGCCGAGCAAUACAAGGUUGUGGUCGAGAAAGCCGAAAAGAGCCACGUAGGAGGCACGCCGGGCAAGGGAGAGGUCUUGCGCGAGUAUCAAAAGACAAGGAAGAUUACCAAGCUGUCGUGAUACUCGUUGUAGUGGUACAUCUAGGCUCAAAUCAAGGUUCAU